UGGGGAGGAAAAGCUGGAACCAAUUGCUGGCCGGCUCCGCCUCCCGCAAGAAGAAGCUGCUGGAAGCCCAGGAGCACUUCCGGAAGGUGGAAGAUCUCUUCCUCACCUUCGCCAAGAAGGCCUCCGCCUUCAACAGCUGGUUCGAGAACGCGGAAGAGGAUCUCACGGAUCCCGUCCGCUGCAACUCCCUGGAGGAGAUCCGGGCCCUGAGGGAGGCGCACGACGCGUUCCGGGCUUCCCUAAGCUCCGCCCAGGCCGACUUCAACCAAUUGGCCGAGCUGGAGCGGCAGAUCCGGAGCUUCCGGGUCGCCUCGAACCCUUACACUUGGUUCACCAUGGAGGCGCUGGAGGAGACCUGGCGGAACCUGCAGAAGAUCAUCAAGGUAGCGGAUCCCAGAUCCCCUUCCAUGUUGGAAGUUCUAGGCUGUUCUGGAAGUUUUAGGAGGUUCUAGGUUCCUUGGGGGGGC